UACCCAGAGUGCACCGCGGCUCACAGACUGUAAACACACACGGAGAGUGAAGGACGAAGUGACGGAUGAUCGUGUAUGUGCGGUACAACCUGGGCCCAGGUGUGGCUGUGGAGCUGCAGGAGGAGGAGAGCAUAGCCAAGCUGAAGGAGGUGGUGGGGAGUCAGCAGGGAGUCCGACCGGAGGAGCUCAGGGUGUUGUUCGCUGGGAGGGAGCUGCAGAGCAACGCCACGCUACAGGGUUGUGACCUCCCGGAGCAGAGCACCGUCCAUGUCGUCCUCCCUCCUUCAGGGUCCUCCUCCCGGCUGCUCCUCCUGCAGGAGCGUCUGUCUCGGGGCAGCGAGGAGGAGCGGGACACCCUGACCAGGCUGGACCUGAGCUCCUCGCGCCUCCCCUCCACCUCCACUGGGCUGGCCGUGAUCCUGGAAGGGAGUGAGAGAGAGGGAGGAGGUGACGGGGGAGCAGAGGAGGCGCAGGCUGCAGGUCUGAGAGGUGUGCGUACCUGCAGUACUUUCUUUGUGUACUGUAAAAGCUGCAGCUCGGUCGAACCAGGAAAACUGAGAGUUCGCUGCAGAUGCUGCAAACAGACGACGCUGACGCUCAGCAGGGGCCCGUCCUGUUGGGAUGACGUCCUCCUCCCAGGUCGUAUCCACGGCGUAUGUCAAUCAGAUGGUUGUCACGGCAAUGAAGCGGAGUUCUUCAUGAAGUGUGCGUCUCACCCGACCUCAGAUGACGACCUCUCUGUGGCCCUCGACCUCAUCAUGACCAACACCAGAGACGUGCCCUGCAUCGCCUGCACCGACGUCAUGGACGUGGUCCUGGUCUUCCAGUGCUCGGAGCGUCAUGUGAUCUGUCUGGACUGUUUCCGUCGGUUCUGUCAGACUCGACUGAACGAGCGACAGUUUGUUCACGACGCCGUGGUCGGAUACUCUCUGCCCUGCGCCGUCGGUUGUGUGGACUCUCUGAUUAAGGAGCUCCAUCAUUUCCGGGUCCUGGGCGACGAGCAGUACGAUCGCUACCUGCAGUACGGGGCCGAGGAGUGCCUGUUGAGGAUUGGAGGACUGAUGUGUCCGUCACCUGGCUGUGGGGCGGGGCUUCUCCCUCCUGACGGCAGCAGGAGGGUGGAGUGUGAACGACAGGUGGGCUGCGGCUUCGUCUUCUGCAGAGAUUGCAGGGAGGGCUACCACGAGGGGGUGUGUCAGACGCAGCCUGUCCCGCCUGCAAGCGAAGCCUCACAGGGUUUUGUGGUGGGGGAGGAGGCGUCUCUCAGAGGGAGGUGGGAUCAAGCGUCUCAGCUCCUGAUCCAGGAGUCGACUAAACGCUGCCCUCAGUGUUCAGUUCCUGUGGAGAGAAACGGCGGCUGUAUGCACAUGCAGUGUCCUCUGUGCAGAGCAGAGUGGUGCUGGCUCUGUGGAGUCUCCUGGAACAGGGAGUGUAUGGGAAACCACUGGUUCGGAUAAACACACAGACGCAGAGAUGUCAGCACAAGAUGUUCAG